AAAAAUAAAGUAAAAUGAGUGGAAGAAAAGAGGACCCAAUAUGGCAGUUCUAUAUUAAGACAACAAAUCCAAAUAAAUUGGGGUGUAGGGCUAUUUGUAGAAAGUGCAGGAAAGAUAUUCAAGGGUUAGUCCAAAGACUUAAAGCACACCACGAUGUUUGUAAUUAUCAAGAGAGGAAUACAGCGUAUAUGUUGAAUCCACAAAAAACAAAAUACCAGUUAACACCAGAAGAAAAGAAUAUAGCUUUAGAAACAAUUAACGAGUUAUAUGAAAACACUGGACUGUUACCUUUAGUAAUAAAGUUAAAUGCCCGCAGUGCUCCAUUUAAGCAAGUUAUGUUUUCGGACGAAGUAAUAAAAAAUGUAAACGGACUACAAUGGUGGUUAUCACAAAAAGAUGAGCCGGAAAUCUUGAAACAGUUGCCAAUAAUAAAACAGUUCCUGUGUGCAACUGCUUCUUCAGCUUCAGUAGAACGCGUAUUUAGCUCUUUUGGUCUUGUACACUCGGAUAUUAGAAACAGAUUAGGCAUAGAAAAAGGAGGAAAACUCGUGUUUUUGUUUAAAUUGUAUAACGAAAAUGAAUAGACUGAAAAUAUACAGUAAUAAAAUUUAGGUGUUACGUUUAGUUUAAGAAUUUGGAAUUAUGUACUUCUUUUUUGUUGUUUUUGCUAAAAGCGGAUACUUCUUU